AAAACAAGACAAAAAGAAACAAAAAAAAAAACUGUUGGAUUGCCACAGUCACCGGGAAGAAAAAAUCAGCCUGAUUUGUAGCAAACUCUCUGUUGCCCGGUGCUUCAGCCUGCUUUUGGUGUCUUCUGCAGUUUCAGUGAAUAUUUCUGGACCAAUCUACCUUAAUUCAACAAAGCUUGUCCAGUGACCUGCCAAUUAUGGGCAACUCACUGCCUUUCUUCCCUUGAGGUUGUGGCUAGGCUGGGGGGAGUUGGUGGAAUAAGGUCAAUAAGCCUUCCUGUCUCCAUGGCAUCACAGCUACAGUUGUAUUUAAGAGGGCUCUGACAAUAGCUGCCAAUAUUGAACAGCAAGAACUAGUAUUCCAAAAAGUACCCCUAGGAGCCCUGCAACUGAAUACCUGAUUCAAGGUUCCCUAGGGUUAUUAGUUAGGUCAUGGUCUGGGCUACCUGGUGCUGUAACGAGCCCUCGAGCAAUCGAAUGGUGUCACAUCUUAAAUCAAGGUAGUGAAAUGUAAAAACCUCCUAUAUACAUGUAGCUGCUUUCGUAAAGUCUGCAUUAUCUGGGGUCGACAAGAAGUAGUACUUUUCUUAAUCCCCCCCUCCCCUGGAUGGGACACUAGUCCUCAGGUCACCUCUCAGGAAUUAAAUUUGCUGCUGCUCAUCUGUACACCUGGGUGAAGAGAGGUAGUACAAUGUUAGUGUCUUGCCCAAGAAUAUAACACAAUGUCCGGAACCAGGGCUUAAACUCAUUCUCCUCAACCCAAUUAAGCCACAGCGCAGCUCUGCAUUGCUGGUUACAUGUUACAGACACCAGGAUACAGGUAAGCUCCAGCUACUUCAAGACAGAAAAAUGUGUCUUAAUGCAGACCUUACCUUAAAAAGGGCAUAAUAUAAGUUUACAACAUAUGAAGCUGCAAAUGAGAUUGUGAUAGAACAAACCAAAGUUGGCUUUUAUCCAGGAGGGGAAGGAGACUACUCUCACAUAUAGGCUAUAUAGGUACAUGUAUGUGCAGCUGUGAAGGGUAUGGUUUUCAGGCAGUUCAGUGUGAGAUAGGGUAUAGAAAUCAGACAGUGUUGGUCUAGAAUAGGGUGUGAUGCACCAAGAAAGUGACCAGUGUAUAAAUAACUUAGUCUAGACUGGGGUUCUUUACCUAGGGUUCUAUGAUAGAAAUUGAAACUCAGAAAUGACUUUGUUAGAUUGGUUUAGUAAGCAGAUGUUGGACAACGAGAGAUAAACUGCAAGGAAAAUAGCUAUUCUUGGAUAGGCUAGGGGCUUUUGGUGCCUGAAUUGUCUAGAAUAGCGUGACAAAAUCAAGCUGAUCAUGGUCUAGUCUAGGGUAUGGGUUCCAGUGUCCCAGUGGGACUAGUGACCCCCACCCAAAGAUUUACAGAUUUACAGAGUACUAGCCUAUGUGUAGCUGUACCCCACCCACCCCCAAGGAAAACAGGAGGGAGGGAAAGGGCAUAAUAUAAGUUUACAACAUAUGAAGCUGCAAAUGAGAUUGUGAUAGACCAAACCAAAGUUGGCUUUUAUCUGGGGGGGGGGGGGACUACUCUCAUAUAUAGGCUAUAUAGGUACGUUUAUGUGCUGCUGUGAAGGGUAUGGUUUCCCCCCGUUUUCCUCGGUGGGUGGGUAUGGCUACAUGUAGCUUAACAGAGUACCCCCAGGGCCUACAUGCAUGUCAUGGAUUAAAUAUCUACACAUUUUUGUGUCAACAAUGCAGGCAAGGAGAAGAGUGGUACAAGGUGCGUCGCAUCUUGAACAUGAAAAUGUUGAAACCCAAAGUUGUUGGUGAAUAUUCACAGCAAUUGAAUGAGGUCACAACUGAUGUGUUAUCCCAGAUGAAGACAACUCGAGAUGAUAAUGGCAUAGUUCCCAACAUUCAACAGGAGCUAUUCAAAUGGUCUUUGGAAUCAAUUGGCACAGUCCUGUUUGAAACAAGAUUUGGGUCCUUUGCUAAGUCACCCUCAGUGGAGGCAGCGAAAUUUAUUGCUGCUGUUGAACAGUUUUUUCAUCAAGUCCUAAACGUUUUCGUCAUUCCUGUUUGGAUUGACAAGUUUUACCGGUUGAAGGCAGUUCAAGAGUUCUAUGAUUGUAUGGAUGUCAUGUACAACUUUGGUGACAUGUGUAUCGAAAAGAGGUUGAACGAAAUUCGAGACAAGGUGGGAAAUGGAGACUUUAACGACGAAGGUGCUGCGGAAUUCUUGACAUUUCUGAUCAACAGAGAUGACAUAAGCUCCAAAGAAAUUUCGGCAAACUUGGUUGAAAUAUUGAUGGCAGCCGUGGAGACGACCUCAAACACGACCCUGUGGACGCUGUACUCGCUUGCAAGGAAUCCGGACGUGCAAAAACAGCUUUAUGAGGAGGUAAGCUCGGUUCUGCAACCUGACGAACUUGCCACUCCUGCGACGUUACAGAAAAUGCCGUUUCUUAGGGGAUGCAUCAAGGAGACUCUAAGGAUGGUUCCUGCGGCCUGGGAAAACGCUCGCAUUCUUAAAGAAGACAUUGUCAUCCAAGGCUACCGGAUACCGCCAAAUACAAUGAUACGUACCCCAAUUUAUGUCAUGGGUCGUAAUCCAGAAUUGUUCGAUGAUCCCCUGGAGUACAAACCUGAGCGGUGGCUUAGGGAUGAUUCACACAAUUUUUUAUUCUUUUGUUUAACAGGGCGGCGUGUGGCUGAACUGGAAAUGCAUCUUUUUCUGUCUCAGGUGUCACGGAGGUUCUGGAUUGAAUCCCUCAAUGAAGUAAAACCAGUGAGUACUGGUGUUCUAAAGCCUGACAGGGAAGUCAAGUUGGUAUUUGUAGAUCGCUAAGCGAUCGAGAGCACUGAGAAGACGGAUGAAAAAUCAACUUCAUCAUUUUGUAUAGUUAUUUUACGUUACACUCGCUACCUGUGUUAUUUUACAUUGCGUUCGCUAUGACGACCGAGAAAGAAUUUCAUUACUUCAAACAAACUUUUACAAGAUGCCGAAUGAAUCUCUAGCGCGCAUGGCAAGUAUGGCAAACUGUGAAUAUCGCAGGAUGUCUGUUGUGUGUAGAUGAUACAUGUAAUAGUUUUCUGUCCACACUACGCCAAAGGAAUUUAAAAACCCAACAAUAACCGGUCAUUUGAAUUUGUAUUUGAGGAAAA